AUGAUCGAGUCCAUGGCGUUGCAUUGGGCAGUGACAGAUAAGUUGUCGAUUAUUCUCCGGGGUGGGCCGCGUUUCGCCGUGUUUACUAACAACUUCAGUGUUGCGUAUUUCGCGCAAAAGGGAGCAAUGAAUCGCCGAUUAGCUCGUUGGAUGCUCGGUCUUGCUGAGUACACGUUCGACGUUGUUCACACACCAGGAAAAUUGAACGAGGCAGCGGACACGCUCUCACGACAGGGAGAGAUCGAUACGAUGCCAGGAGACAACCUCAAAACGGUAGCGGCGGGUCAGGGAUUGGCAUUCUAUGCCGUCGUGGCAGGAGAUCACAGUCACCUGAGCGACUUGCAAGCAAGAGACGCAGAAUUCCAAAGCUUUAUUUCCCAAGCAAACAGCGGCAACAGCGCCUAUAAGAUCAAGAACGGUAUCCCAACGAAAAAAAAAAAAAAAAGCACAGAGCACGGACAUUUCGUGAAGCGAAUCGUUGUCCCAGCUACACUUCGCGGGUCCGUCAUGACGAUCGUUCAAGACAACGGAGGACACAUGGGAUACGAGAAGACGAAGGAACUCAUCCAAAGGAAAUUCUGGUGA